AUGGAGGAUGUUCCCCAGGUUUUUGCUGCAGUUCGGAGAGCUGGUGGCGAGGAGGCUGAGCUGCAUCCUCUGGCAGAUAUCACCAACAAGGAGAUUGAGGAGGUGAAGCAAUUGAAACAUCCCCCCCGUGAAGUGGCGCGUGUGAUGGAGGUGGUCCAUUUGUUGCUAACGCAACCCACUUCCUUAGCGCCUUGUGAUUGGAGCGAUGUGCUGCGCACUGUAGUUCGCAUUGACUUCCUAAAGCGUGCUCGGAACAUCAAUUUGGACGGACUACUUCAGCAAGCGAAGCUCAUUGACUACAUUUGCCGCAAGUACUUUGCUGGCCCCGACCCUUUGACACCUGACCGAGUGCGGUGGGCAAGCAAGGCUGUGGUUGCCUUCUUUGGAUGGACGGUGGCGAUCAUUGCAGGUGUCCUGCCUGAAUUUCCCACCAAGGCCAAGGGCGCUGAGGGGACCUGA